AAAGUUUGGUCCUUUUCUUAAAUGUCGUGUUUAUAUUUCCUGCUCUUACCUUGAUCACACACACACAACACACAAACACACACUAACCUUCACAUCCCACGUUUCUGUUCAUCACUUCUCCUGCAAUCCAUGCUCAAAGCCUCCAGAUUUUCCUUAUCUUCCUUUAGUCACUUCGAUUUCAAGAAAUGGCGGCUCGAAUAAUCUCGAACGUGGAUAGCAAUUUCUUCAGCUUUUCAUAUGGAACAAACAUUAAAACUUCAAUAUUCAGAACUCAGCCGCUGACCGGGUUGCCCUUGAAGAAAAGAUUGAAUUUUGAGGCUCUUUGCAGCAUUAAAGAGAGAGAGCGCGAAAAUGCCGCAGAGGAGCAACGAAUUGUAAGUGGGAUUGUUGUGGAUGACGAGCUGAGGGAGAAGGAAGGUGUUUUGAGAGUGGGUUUUAAUGGGGAUUGGCCGCCGUGGAAGAAUCUUCCUCAGAGAUACAAGCUCAUUGGGACUACAUCCCUAGCCUUCGUUAUUUGCAACAUGGAUAAGGUAAAUUUGAGUAUUGCUAUAAUUCCGAUGUCGCAUCAAUUCGGUUGGAAUGCUUCUGUGGCUGGAUUGGUGCAGUCAUCUUUCUUCUGGGGUUAUGCUCUUAGUCAGUUGCCUGGUGGUUGGCUUUCGAAAAUAUUUGGUGGGAGAAGAAUUCUCGAGGUGGGCGUCCUGGUCUGGUCAUUGGCCACAGCAAUGGUUCCCCUACUUGCUGGCUUUAUGCCGGGACUUGUUUUGUCCAGGAUUUUGGUUGGGAUAGGAGAAGGUGUUUCGCCAUCUGCUGCAACUGAUAUGAUUGCCAGGACUAUACCAAUAGAAGAACGUUCCCGCGCAGUAUCAGUUGUUUUUGGUGGUUUGAGCUUUGGAAGUGUCUUGGGACUUAUUUUGGCUCCACCGCUAAUCGAGAAUUAUGGCUGGGGAUCUGUAUUUUACAUUUUUGGCUCUCUAGGUAUAGCAUGGUAUUCAAUAUUUCAGGUCGUUAAAGAAGAUAAGGUUCCUUUUGCAGCUUCUCACCAAUCAUGGCCUCAGACUGCCCCUAUGAACAAGUCAUGGACUUCCUCUUUGCAAGAUUUGGGCGGCUCACUGACGGAUGUACCUUGGAAGGAAUUUUUCAAAUCUAAAGCUGUAUGGGCGAUGAUAUAUACUCAUUUUUGUGGAAGUUGGGGUCACUAUUGCUGCUUAUCCUGGCUUCCUACUUACUUCAGUGAGGAGCUGAACCUUGACCUGACAGAAGCAGCAUGGGUCUCGGUUCUUCCUCCACUAGCAUCAAUCUUUGUGACCAGCAUUGCAUCCCAGUCGGCUGACUACUGGAUCUCAAACGGGAUUGAAACGACAGUGGUUCGGAAGAUUUGCCAAACGAUUGCUUUCCUGUCUCCUGCAGCUUGCAUGAUUCUUUCUUCUUUGGACUUAGGGCUGAGUCCAUGGCAAGUCGUAGCUAUUCUCACGAGUGGUUUAGCACUAUCAAGCUUUGCUUUAUCAGGACUAUACUGUACCCACCAAGACAUUUCUCCCGAGUAUGCAAGUGUCCUUUUGGGCAUUACCAACACCGUUGGAGCGGUACCUGGAAUAGUUGGCGUUGCUCUCACGGGCUACCUUCUCGACUCAACUCACUCGUGGGGUGUAAGUUCUUUUUUCUUGAAUUUUGACCUCUUGUGCACAAUUAUCUUGUUAGUGCAAGCAUUUCAUUGCGUUUUUCAUGUAGAUGUCGUUGUUUGCUCCAUCGAUCUUCUUUUACCUUACCGGCACAGUUGUAUGGUUGGCAUUAGCUAGCAGCAAACCGCAAAGCUUCUCGAAGAGUGAUUGACUCCGUUGCCAUCAUCCUGUUCAGAAGUAUUAUUGAUCUGAACAACAAUUUUGUGCAGUAGGUUUGAUUACAUAGGUUACUUAUAUCCCUAGUUUACACUCUAUACCAACAUCAUCAUAUAUAGGCUUUUCACAAAUAUAUUAGCCAAUUCUUGACUGUAGAAUUAAUCUCAUUGUAUAAUUUGUAUAGCUCUUUAUGAUCAUGGCUUGUAAGGGUACAUUGCUAUAUUGUAGGAUAUUUUUCCACGUUAGGAAAUUUGUAUUUAUUAAAA